AUGUCUCACUGCUUUGUCUCCAUCGAGGCCCGAUCGACAUCCUCACCGCCCGAGCUCUUCGAGCUGGCCUGGCGGCAGUGGGGCGCCUCUGCGCGAGCGUUCCAAUCGAGCCCGUACGAGAACCGCGAGGAGAUCCGCGCCGCGGCCAAGGUCUUCGAGAGCCUCAGCGCGGCUCCGGCACUGCUGAGCGACAAGGCGGUGUCGCGACUGGCGCUCGCUCGCUCCACCAUCGAAGCGAUGCUGCCGCUGUGCGAGGAGCCCGCCGCAGCCUCCGUCGCAGAGGAGCCACUCUGCAACGCCGUGCAGUCGCUCUUCCGCACCGCGAGCGGCGAGGGCAUCGGCGUCGGGCCGCCCUCUGCGCAACGCACGGCGGAGCGGGCGCCGGGCGGAGGACGGCGCAGCAAGAACUCGCCCGGAGGCCGCUGCUUGUGCCUCAGCAGCGGCUUUGGCGAGUUCAAGAGCCAGCAGUGCACCUACCUGCCGCUCCGCACGCGCAACGGCACCAGCCACGCCUGCCGCAUGGACCGGCUGAGGGAGGGCGAGUCGCUGCUGGGGACGCUGGAGCAGUUCUGCCGCGCGUACUACCACGCAAACCAGUGGGAGGCGCAGGUGUACCUCUGCCUCAAGUGCGGCCCGGACGCGACUGGCUCGCGGCUCGUCCUGCCCGAGGGCGUGGAGGUCGGCGGCAUGAGCGGCGGCGCCGAGGGCAACGGCGCCGAAAGCGGCGGCGAGGGCGGCGGCGAGGGCGGCGGCGAGGGCGGCAGCGGCGAGGGCGGCGGCGGUGAGGGCGGCAUCGCGACGGCCCCCGACGGCGACAUCUGCGGCAAGGUGCAGGUGGUGGCGGUGGCGCUUGAGUCUCACUGGGUUCGCCGCGCAGGGUCGUCCGAGGCCAACGUGCACGCCGAGAGCUUCGUCAUCGCAGACGAGACCAUCCUGUCGGCGGUGCGCGCGGGCGAGGUUGCCGAGCUGACGCUCUACCUCUCGUAUCAGCCCUGCCACCACUCCGGCGGCCGCUUCGGCGAGGGGCAGGUGCGAGACGUGUACGCGGCCGACGCGAGCGCGGGCCGGGAGGGGAUCCGGCGGCUGAUGUCGCAGCCGGGGAUGUCGAUGCGUGCCACGGGCGAGGAGGACUGGGCCUUCCUGAUCGGCCUGUGCGACCAGUCGGUGCAGGAGGAGUACGAGCGACGCGGCGAGGCUGGCUCGGCCUUCGGCCCCACCCACGUCGCCCUGCGGGCGAAGCUCGACGCGGUCAUUGCUGACUUCCUUGCGGCGCAGCAUGCUGAGAUGGCCGCGGCGGCGGAGGCGGCGGAGGCGGCGGAGGAGGCCGAGGAGGCCGAGGCGGUGGAGGCGGCCGAGGCGGCGGAAACGGCGCCCGCGCCGGCGGGGCCCGCCACCGAGGGUUCGGCGGAGGCGGCGGCCGCCCAGCGCCUCCCGGACAACAAGAAGAAGGUGUACGGUCGCGACUUUCUCCUCUCCUGCGCGCCGCAGCCCGCCGCGGCGCCCUCGGAGGAGGAGUGCGCCCCUCCGGCGGCCGUCGACGAGACCACCAACUUGCCGCUUUCGCCCGAGGUGUCCCGUGACGAGACGACGAACUUGGAGGCCGACGCUGCCGCGCUGAACGGGGCGAGCGGUCCGGACGGGACCGUGUCCCCCGAGCCCGCGCCGCGUGACAGCGCCGAACAACUCGCCGACGCGCGGCUCGACUCGCUGCCUCCGCCGCUGCCUCCGCCGCUGCCUCCGCCGCUGCCGCCGCCGCUGCCUCCGCCGCUCCCGCCGCCGCCGCCGCCGUCGUCGCUGAAAGAGGAGCCGGCGGACCUCGACGAUGCGGGAGCGCCAGCUGAAGCGGAGCCUCACGCUGGAGAGGAGCCUACGGCACGUCUGAGCCUGGCGGAGCUCGAGGCUAUCCAGGGCGAGGCCUUGGCGGACGAUAUCACAAUCGAGAGCAAGAUGUGCGCUUGGACGGCGGAGCAGGCGAUGCGCUACUUCGAGUCGGGAGGCACCGAGGAGCCUUAG